CCGUGUGGAGGAGGUCCCUCACCCCUGACUGAGGCUCUGCCCCGGGGGCGGAUCAGCGGAGCAGGUGCUGCCGAGUCUCUAGCGCCGCCUUCACUCACUCCACUGCGGCUCACUCAGCGCUCUCGACCGCCGCGCAGCCGCCGGAGCAGCGCCAUGGACUUACCCCAGCUCUAAAUGCGUGGGAAAGACGCUUUUCUUCAGUUUUAAGCCAUGAGCCAUGAGCCAAAGUCUCCAUCAUUAGGCAUGAUUUCGGCAGCACCAUGCAGCAUGGCGACUGUAAGCCCCCUCACUUCCUCUCCCAUCAGCGGAGCAGUGUUGUCCAAUGGGAGCCCCGCGGCCCAGUCUGCACACUCGGGAUUCGCCGCCGCUCUCCGCAAGCUCGCCAAACAGGCCGAAGAGCCACGAGGUUCCAUUAGUAGCGAGUCGUCGCAUGUUUCCUCUCCGGUGACCAAUCACAGUUCUCCUGUCACUACACCCAAGUGUGUUGUCAUGGGUACGAGCCUGGGCCCGCCCACAGGCACCCCUCCCGUGGUCACCAUCGCCCCGACUAAAACCAUCAAUGGCUUCUGGAGGUCUGAGGGGCGCCAGGCUGAUGCAGGAUUAAGAGGGUCCGUUCAGGAGCAUUUGGCCCCCGAUCGGUCUUUACCAGGCCAGGAGAAGCCCUCUUUCUCUCUCCCGUCGUACCUGGGUUCAGCCCAUCCCUUCAGCGUGGCCCCGAGUGCUCUGGUGCAGGACCCGCGUCUGCAGACCCACUUGUCCCGGCAGGUUCCUCAUAUGCUGCUAGCAGGGGCUCAGGACGAGUAUGUUCGCGAUGGCUUUCGCCCGUACACCUCCGCUAAUGAGCUGCGCCUGCCUUUACGGCUCCCUCUAGGGCUCAGCCCAGGAACUGCAGCCGACGCUCUGGCGUACUUUCACUCAGGAUAUUUGCCUCACCCCUCGCUCGCUUCAUACAGGAUGGAGGACUAUUACAGUCUGUCCACCCUGCGCUCACAUUACUACCCGCUUCCAGAGGGGACAACCCUGCCGGCCCUCCACCCGUCUGCUGUGCACCUGCCCAUGCCCGGUGUCUUUUACCCUCCUGACAUCACACACCAGUCGCUGUCAGCGCUGCACUCUGAGAGGCUGCAGAUGGAAGAGGAGCUUCGCCAGCAGGAGAGAGAGAGAGAGAGAGAGCGAGAGCGAGAGAAGGAGCGGACGCGUGAAAUCGAACGAGAGCGGCAGUGGGAACAGGAGGUGCAGAGAGAGAAGCAAAAAGAGCGAGGCAGAGACGUCCAGGCGGUCAAGGCCAUGGAGAAACGCCAUCUGAGUCUGGAGCCACCGGCCAACACACACUCGAUCUCUCAGCCUCAUCUGUACACACACCGGCAGCCCGUGAAGCAGCGAGGCAGGCUGGAGGAGAGACUCGCUGCUAACAGAGCCGACAAAACCAAAGAAGCGUCGCCGUUCACACCUCAGUCCGGUCCAUACUCAUCCUCAGGAGGUCUUUCAUCCAUCUCAACCUCAGGCCCCGGCCUCUCUUCAAGCGUGCAGUUUGGGAAGAGCCACCGGCCCGUGUUGGAGGAGGACAGAUGGCUCGGCAGACAGAGAGCGCCGAAGGUGGAGAGACACGGCCAGGAGUUUCAGCAGAAGGAACCAGCAGAUCAGAGAGAGAUUCACAGGUUUGGCGUGGGUGUCAGAGACAUACCUCCGCCUCUGGGAGCUCCGCCGCCUCUCAUCACCCCCAAACCUCUUCCUCGGGACCAGCACCCCUCUCCUCCCGCACCCAGCAGCCUCUGGAACCCCGUCACCCUCCUCCGCUCGCCCUCCGCUCGCCCUCUGUCCCACAGCAGACCAGACCCUCCAGGGGAGGAUGUCAGGCAGGUCGGAGCCCAGAGCCAGCAGAGGCACGUCUCCUCCCAGUCAGACAGCAGGACCCCCCAGGGGCCGGCUCGGGACAGGACAGACCCCGUGAUGGUGUGCGACCAGGCUCUCAUGCAGCACAGGAGACUCGUCAGCAAGCUUGACCUGGAGGAGAAGAAACGCAGCGAAGCCAGAGAGAAAGGUUAUUACUAUGAACUAGACGACUCUUAUGAUGAGAGCGAUGAGGAGGAAGUUCGAGCUCAUCUGAGAAGAGUCGCUCAGCAGCCUCCUCUCAAACUGGACGCGUCUGCAGAGAAGACAGAUUUUCUGUGUUUGUUUGGACUGACGACGCUCUCGAAGCGCGAUGAGCUGCUGGAGAUGAAGAGGAGGAAGAGGAGGAGGAUGCUGCAGGAGCGAGUCCCUUCCCCCUUAGCCGUGCCGAAUAAACGUAAGACUCCAUCUCCUCCUCACCCUCCACUCAGCACUCACUUCACCCCGGAGGAGAUGGACCGCACGGAGGAGCUGGACGACAAGAAACACUUCCUCAGCAUCUUCAGGCUCAGCCAUGUCAGUCAGGAAGAAAGACAAAAGAAUAAGAAGAUCAUGGACGUGCUGGAAGCCAUCAAACAGAAGACUGUUACUCUGGACACCCUCAGAUACGCCACAGAUACGCCCUGUUGCAGCCCGGCCGCUGCAGUGACUGCUGUCCCGCAUCUCAAACAGUCAGUCAGUAAUGUUCACCUUGAACCCCAAAAUCACUCGCCCGAAAACCCUCACCUGCCUCUCGACCCGCUGCCACUGGCUCCUCUCCACGCUCAAGGUCAACCCAACCUGACGUCCCCGAGCAGAAGAGGCCCGAGCCUGCAGGACAGCUCUCCGCAGCCCGUCGCCCAUCCCAAAGACCCUCCGUCGAAAUCCCCCGUCUGGGAGCGAAUAAACUCUGAGGAGUUUGCACAGCACUUCCACCAGUCCAUGCUGCUGUCCACUCAAACAUCCCAGCAGAAACCUAAAGGUGGAGCGAGAGAGCAGUUUGAGCCUCCUGCGCUUCAACCUCCACGCCUCCAGAGGGCAGUAAACAAACAGAGCAAUGGCCACUCCUGCCAUAUAUCAGCCCAACGUGAGUCUCCGGGCGUGAGGAACGACUUCUCAGCCGAGGAGGGUGUCAGUUCGGAUGAAGACGAGGAAGAGGAGUCGGUCGCUCCCAGGUGGAGAGGGAUUGAAUCGAUAUUUGAGGCGUACGAAGAGUACAUGGAGGAGAAAAGUAUGGAGCAGCAGGUUCUCCAGAGCGAGUGUAGACGUCUGGAGACGCAGCAUUACAAUCUCACCCUCACAGGCGAACAGCUCUCUCAUAGCAUGAGGGACCUAAUGGCUCAGAAGCACAACCUGGCACUGAAGAGAGAUCGUAUGCAGGCCGAACUGGAGCACAUCAAGAAAUGUUUGACAUUGCCAUUAUUACACUGGCACAGAGCAUACUACAAGAGACCCUCACUGAGGUGACCUGAAGAUGGACGACAGCACGAGCCACAGAGAUCAACAUCUACUGCACGAGUGAUGAUUUCAGCUUUGGCAGGAGGAGAUUCACAAGCUAGUGCAAUAUCUGACGCCUCACUGUGACUCACUGCAAUACAAGUCCAACCACUAGAUUCAACAAAACAGGCAUUCAACAGCCAUCGAAAUAUCCAUUACUUGACUAAAUCUGACAGCACGUUUGCCAAGAGCUGCAUAAACCCAAGCCAGAGCUAGCCUGGGUAUGCACUUAAUAUUGAUCUCUCAUAUAUCUGGUGCAAAACUCUUCUACUGGACCAUGAGCUGAUGUGGAACGGAGUUUAAAUGUUUUCAUAUUUAUACAGUUUUUAAAACAAUGUGAUCGUGUAAAAUACUGUCAAAUCACAUUUUGUAUGUUUUUAUUUUAAUGAUUAAAAAGACUGUAAUUUGAAAUAUAAAUAUUUUAAUGCUUUUUUGCUAGGGGGAAAACGUGUCGAUAAGCUACUGCUGGUCAGAAAUGUUGGUGAAAGAAAAAAUGAAGUGGUUUGAAUUUAGUUUUCAUUUCAAAAUCUUUACUUUAUUAAUUGUAGAAAGUCAUGAAAGUGUUUGUCUAGGACAGUGUUUCGAUAUGUUUUGUUAUUCCCCCUUGUCUCCAGUCAAACCAAAAUUGCCAUAUGCAAUAUAUAUUAUCCACCAGUACAUGGCUAUUUGAAAAUAGACACUAAAAUAAACCGAUCCAAUGUGGGAACCACUUUAUAAUAACUUGAAUUAAUGACAAAUGGUAUAUAAUAGUUAACAGACCAGCAGGUAGCAUACAUUCAAGUAUGAAGUCAAUCAAUCGUGAUUCAAGAUCAAAAUAUCUAAAUUAUUAUGCAUAAAAUAAUAUAAAUAAACUCAAAUGAAAUAGAAUACCCAAUGUAGCAAGUGCAAUAUUGAAAUAAUGGCAAUUAUGAAAUAACAGUACAAUAAUCAACUGCAUAUUUUGUUUAUUUUAUAAACUGAAUUGAUUUCUGAAUCACUUCUAAGAUAAUUAUGAAAUGCCACUAAUGGACCUUACGAAAUAAUAUUCUGUUAAACAUUAAAUGCUUAUUUAAUACUGUCUGUUAUGGAUUUAUUAUAGUAAUGAAAGUAAUUAUAAAAGGUUGCCCAAAUGUUUUUAUGUAUCAUUAGGCCAAUAUGAUUUAGUUUUCAGCCUAGCUGCCAUGAGAACAGUCAUUUUAU